ACAGGACAUUGGACUGAAGAUGAAAAAUUAAACCCCUACCACUUCCGGUAAAUACUGAAUUAUCUGCCCCUAUUUCUUGUUAAUCCAGAAUUAUUCCUCAUUAUUCCACAGAACAACUGAUGUUGCCUAGAUAAUGAGACUACUGCUGCUGAUGGAUAAUAUUUAUUAAUUAAACGCAGAAAUAUUAUAUUUUACACAAACUACAAUAUUAAUUAUUACAGUUUUUGUUUGAAACAUUCAUUAAAGAAAUCUGUCUUUGCUAUGAUGCGCAUGUCCGGAAAUUGUGGUUGACAGGUUCCAGUGGUAAUUUUUAGGUUCCAGAAUGUCUUCUUGUGUCGUGAAACCUAAACAGAGAAAUAUGAAAGAAAAACAAUUACGUGAUUGAUAGCAGAUUAAUUAUAUUUGGAUAUUACAGUUUUAGCAAUGUGUGCAGCUCCUGUUGAAAUAUUAAGAAGAAAUCCUCAAGAAGAUUUCGAACUUAUUCAGCGCGUCGGAAGUGGAACGUACGGUGAUGUUUAUAAGGCUCGAAACCUGAGCUCAGGAGAUCUUGCUGCAAUAAAAGUUAUAAAACUUGAGCCUGGAGAUGAUUUUGCUGUUAUUCAGCAAGAGAUAGUGAUGAUGAAAGACUGUAAGCAUGCUAACAUAGUAGCCUACUUUGGUAGUUAUCUCAGGCGAGAUAAAUUAUGGAUUGCUAUGGAAUACUGUGGUGGAGGGUCUAUGCAGGAUAUUUAUCACAUUACAGGUCCUCUUAACGAAACACAAAUUGCUUUUGUGUGCAAAGAGACACUGCAAGGCCUAGAAUACUUACAUAGCCGAGGGAAAAUGCACAGAGAUAUUAAGGGUGCUAAUAUCUUGCUUACAGAAGAUGGAGAUAUCAAAUUAGCUGAUUUUGGUGUUUCUGCUCAAAUAACAGUUACUAUGUGUAAACGAAAGUCUUUCAUUGGCACUCCAUAUUGGAUGGCACCAGAAGUGGCUGCAGUUGAAAGGAAAGGGGGGUAUAAUCAACAGUGUGAUAUAUGGGCCGUUGGUAUCACAGCCAUAGAAUUAGCUGAGCUUCAACCACCUAUGUUUGAUCUACACCCUAUGAGAGCUUUAUUUCUGAUGUCAAAGAGUGGUUUUAAGCCACCACAGCUAAAAGAUAAAAACAAAUGGUCACCUCUUCUACAUAAUUUUAUAAAAGUUGCAUUAACAAAAAAUCCCAAAAAACGGCCUACCGCUGACAGACUAUUAGAGCAUCCCUUUUUACACCAAAAUUAUUUAUCCAGAAAAUGUACGAAAGAACUUUUAGAAAAAGCCCGUAAUCCACAACAUCAUUUUAGUGAUCUUACUGAAGUAGAUGAUGAAGGAUUUCUACAGAAUGUGCCUCAGAGAAUAUCCUCAGAAAAUACUAGUCGUGCUCCUAAAAACAGAAAUAGUCUAGAAAUUACAAUUGGUCCAUUAUUAAGAGAUUCUCAAACAGAAAGGGAAGAUCAAUAUGAUACUGCAAGACCAUGGCCAGAAUAUGGUGAUGUCAAAAAGACAUUACUAGAGUCUGUAAACGAGGAACUGAUGCACAGGGGGCACCGCAGUAGCUUAAUAAUGACCCAAGAAGAUGUACCAAUUUCAGAACAGCCAACUUUACUUGCGAAAUCUGAUGCCAAGCCUUCUGUGAGUAUAUCUGAUGGAGAAGAGAAGCACGAAGAAGAAACAGCUUGUAACGAUGAGGAAUUUGAGAAUGACGAAGGUCCUGAUGUUGAAGGUUUGAUAGAUCGUAUGGUAACCCUUUGUCCAAGAGCAAAACGACCUACCGAGAUGCAAAAAGAUAACCCUCCAGAACUUCCACCGAAAAAAAAGCAUCACCAACAACAAAAUGGAGAAAUUCAACAUAAUACAGAAAAUGGAAGUCCAUUUUCACAAGAAGAAAAACCACCCAUGCUACCUCCGAAGCGACGGGAGAAGAAGGAAGCUACUAAAAACCGACCCGUCAGUAAUGGGCUUCCACCAACUCCAAAAGUUCAUAUGGGUGCCUGUUUUUCCAAAGUCUUUAAUGGCUGUCCACUUCACAUAAUUUGUACUGCCAGCUGGGUUCAUCCAGAUACAAGAGAUCAGUACAUACUAAUAGGAGCAAACGAGGGAUUAUACACCCUUAAUCUAAAUGAGUUACAUGAGUCGUCUCUUGAAUUACUGCAUGCCCGAAGAUGCAUCUGGUUAUAUGUAAUUAAAGAUGUGCUUAUGUCGAUAUCAAGUAAAACUCCUCAUCUUUAUCGGCAUGAUUUAUUAAUGCUACACAGUAAACAAACAAAUAGGUUUUCUCUUCCAAUGAAUAAGAUUCCAGAACGAUUGGUUCCUAGAAAAUUUGCUACAACAACCAAAGUUCCUGACAGUAGAGGCUGUAUGAAAUGCUGUGUGGGAAGAAACCCUUACAAUGGUUACAAAUAUCUAUGUGGGGCUCUGUCCACAGGGAUUAUUCUUAUGCAGUGGUAUGAACCUUUGAAUAAAUAUAUGUUACUUAAGACUUUUGAAUGUGAUUCAAUGCCGACGCACCUUGAUGUAUUUGAGAUGUUCAUAUCUCCAGAAUUAGAAUAUCCAAUGAUUUGUAUUGGAGUAAGAAAAGGAACAGAGAAGAAUCAUGUCAAAUUUGAUAUAAUCAAUUUGAAUUCUUCCUCAAACUGGUUUACUGGGAAUUUUUCAGGGGAGACUUUACCUGUGGUGAAUGUUACCCAGUUGGAGAAGGAAUCAAUUCUAGUUUGCUAUGAUAAAUAUGUCAAGGUUGUGAAUAUGACUGGGAAAUUAAAAGCUAGUCGGCGGCGAGCAGCUGAACUGCAUUUUGACUUUCCUGUGGAAUCUUUAAUUUGUUUGCAGGAUAGUGUUCUUGCAUUUCACAAACAUGGCAUGCAAGGUAGGAGUUUCAAGGCUAAUGAGGUAACUCAAGAGAUAUGUGACAAAACCAGAAUAUUUAAAUUGCUGGGUUCUGAUAGAGUAAUUAUAUUAGAAAGUCGACCAACUGACCAGCCUGACUCAGUGUCCAAUCUUUAUGUGCUGGCUGGCCAUGAAAACACCUAUUAGAGGCUAUUGCUACUAAUCUACUAUCUCCUGUAUCUACCCCACUACUCACACCACUGCCUACCUGCCAUUGAGUAAUGUUGAAGAAAAGAGAAAUUAAUUUGGUCAUUUUCAUUAUUUUAAUCUGAAAAAAAAAUAAAGGAUUAUUUCCAAUAUUCACUUAAUCUUUCAAGUGCAACUAUUUCUGCAAUGAGAGUGUUGCAACGGUAGCUUGUAGUACUACUAUAUUAGUAAUACUUCAACCUUCCUCUGGUUAAACUAGUUGUCUGAUAAACACCCAGAUUGUCCAACUGUAUUGUCAUUAUUACACCACCAUUGUGGCAUGCUUUAUUUCCAGCUUUCUGUUAUCCAUGUUAGUCAGUUGAGGCUGUGUGCUAAUAAUGGAGUGUCUUUGACCAAGUUAUCAACUUUACCCAUGGACACAUUUCACUGUGAUGAAAAAUUUUUAAGAUUUUGGCAAUAAUAACUUUACAGUAAUUUUGAGAAUACAGAGGGACUCGGUCAGAUAGUUACGAUUUCAGAAAUUCUAAAACAGAUUUGAUGGAUAGUUUAAAGUUUAACUAGUAACGAUCCAAUUCUUUGUUUAUUUAUUUACUUUGUUUUGUUUUUAUUAAUUAUUAAUUAACUUUAGGAGUGUUUCAUUCUCCAAAUUUCUUAGGUGCAUGUUUGGAGAAAGAAGAAAAAAAAUAUUGUAUAUUUGCCCUUAAAUAAAUUUUCCUUCCAAUUUUCUUUUCCUCCCCAAAUUAUAUUUUUCAUGUCAAGGUUCUGGAAAAAAAUGUGCCUUGAGAUUUACCAGUGCUUACCUAUUGUCUUUUGUUAAUUUUAUAAUUCCUAGAUGUAAUUUUAAUGAGAAUUUAUAUAAAUUUCUCCACCAUAUAAGUUAAUAUUUUUUCUAACCUCUAAUCCUAUUGUUUGUUCCCCCUGAUGUAUGCAAUUAUCAAAUUACUUUUAAAUCCUCAUUCUUAUGUGGGUUGUUUCUUUCAACUAGUUUCCUAGAUUAGCAUUUAUUUAUUUAUUUAUUUAUUUUUGUUGAAAACUACAAUUGCAAAAUCAACCCAACUUUAAAGUUUAAGUAUAAAGAUAUAAAUCUAUAUCACAGUUACACAAUAUAUGAAAUUAUAACAUUACUCUAGAGAUAAUUAGAGCCACUAUUUUUAUAAGUUGAAAUUGUAAAAAUAUUGUUAUUUAGUCUAUUUAUCAUGUUUGGCAUGGUAAAGUCUAUUUUCUUGCCAUUUGGUAUUCUGUUUUCUGAAAGCAUUAUAUUUUUGUUAAUAUGGCUUCCAAAAUAGUUGAUAAACCCAUAUUUGGACGUUCGUUUAGACUGCCUAAUUACAAUUAAAUAUUGAGUUAAUUAUUAAGAGUUUCACAAUGAAAUAGCUUACUUCUUAAAAAAAUUCAACUUCAGCUAAGAUGUCCCCAUUAAUGAACUGUAUAUUGAUUGAAAUAGUUAACUUUUGAAAUAUUGGAGUAUUUGGUUUACUUUUAUGCCAUUAGAGCUUUUUAGCUGAUGAGUCCAGUUUAAAGAAUACAAAUCAACAUUAUCAGGAAAGCAGUUUUAAACUAUGUGGAAUCGUUUACUUGAAAAGUAAUGCUUUGUUUUAGCAGCAAAUAUUUAUCUCUGUAAUGUGAGACAGACAAUGUUGCUGCAAUCCCAUCUGUUUAUAUCCUCCUCUUUACAUAUAUACUUUACAAAUCAGACAUCUCUUUAUAUACCGUUGACAUCUCUGACAGCCAAAUUAAAGAGAGUGGAAUGAGAUAUUUAAAAGUAAGACAUUUCAUCAUUUAUCAUACAUAUAUGCAUAUAAACAUAAACUUAAAUGUCUAAAUACUAUACAAAUUGAUUGCAAAACUCUCAAAACAGACUGCUUGCGUUUCUUUAUCUGUUUGUUUGUUUGUUUUUUUAAAUUUAAAUUAUUACUCUCUUUAUUUUCGAUACUCAUUGCAGCAAAAGAAAAAUUAUGUUGGCUAAGAUACAAAAUGCCUUGGAUUUAGAUAUGUUGUUAUUAAAUAUAGUGCCAAGUUCUUAAAGAAUUUUAAUCUUGUAAGAUUACAGAAUUUGUUGAUUUCAUAUAGAUGUUUAUGGUAAAGUUGUUUAGUUGAAAACUGACUUUACUUUUUGGUUGAUCAGCAAAAUAAGAGGAAUUUUGGUCUGAAAUUUCAAAACCACAAAUCAUUAAUGCAUUCAUUUACUACCACACCACCACCACCACCCACUACACCUGGUACGUUAAAAGUAACAGUAAUUAGUAGGGGGACAUCAAUUUUAUUUUGAAACUAUUUUGUUAAAAUAUUUUCAGAACUGUUUUUAAAAAUGCCAUCCAUUUACCUUUUUAUUAAAUUAUCCUUUUUGACAUGUUUUUCUUUAAAAAUAUAAACAACCCAAUUAAGUUAAACAAUAUUUAGUUUUGAAGUUAAAAAAAAAUCAAUCGUUCUGAAGUUAAAUAUGUCAAUCGAAUAGUUUUCAUAAAAUGCUCUGCUAUUUUUCGUUUCUGACACAAAACUAUCGAAAGCCUUUUUCUUUUUUAAGACUGUAUCUUUGUGUUGAAGGGUUUCUUUUUUUUUUUUUUUAAUGAAAAGGCAAUCCUAAUAAUUUAGAUAUUGUAAAAUAUCAGUUAAAUAAGUUUCUUUUAAUUAUAUUUCCCUAAUUUUAUGAAAGCAUUUUUCUUUACCCUUUAGAAUAGAGAAGCAUGAAUCUUUUAUAGAUACCAAAUUACACAGAAAUUUUCAAUUUUCAAAGGUUUCUUUUCUGCAGAUUUCUUCGAUGGUUCUCACCUACUGCUGUCAUAGUUACUAAAAUCUUCUGAUGAAAAUUUUCACUGUUAAGGUUUUAAAAGACAAUCAAUAAUCAGUAUUUAGUUAAAUUCGUUUCUUGAAGACAGUCCUAAGAUAGUUUCUUGGGAUAGUCCACAUGUUUUUCUAAAAUAUAUUUAAGUGUUCCUGGGACAUUUCGUUUCUGGUAAUCCCAAGCUCAUCAUAUGUGAUAAAUAAGGCUCUUUAACAUACAGCUUUGUCAGUCAUCUGCCAAAUGCUUCGGGCCUCAUAAUGAACACCAAAUUUUUUUUUUUUUUCUUUUUGUUCUGAAACCAUUCAAUAUUACUUUUAUACAUACAUUAUACAUAUAUAUGGCACCAAACUUUGGCAUUGAGAGCUAUACUAACCCCAAAAUUGGACAUCACUGCACUGUUCCAAAGGUCCCACCCAUCCCAUCUAGUGUGAAAACCAUGUACUGCAAUAGCUUGGGAUUCAUAGGCCCACAGCUAUUUAAUAUCUUGCCAAAACAUUUUAGAGACCAAUGUGGAGUAGGGAUAGAUGUUUUCAAGAAACAUCUUUUGCUGUCCAAGGUCCCAGAUGAACCUACAUCAUGGCAAGAAACCCAAAAGAGGGCAGCGUUAUCAAACCCCCUUCUUUAUCAAAAGCCAGUUACAGAAGAAAGGCCAUUGAAAGGUGAUAACACUGGCAGUGCUCUAGUAUGCCACAGCCUUUGGGGUGAAAUGUAUAAAAGAAUAUAUAUGUAUAUAUGAAAUGUUCUACAUCAUAUUGGUAUUGCUUGGGUUAAUUUUGUUAAGGUUAUAGUAUUCUCUUGAGAUCUUCUUAAAAUCCUUCUCCAUCAGUAUUUUAAUCUUUAUCUGAAGUAAAUCGCUUCUGGUUGUUAGAAUUCAGAAGACUUGUGUAGUUGGAUGCUUGAAAAUUUUCCCUCUUUCACAGGCAGUGUAAUAAAAUCAUGCUUCAAUGGAAGUUAUUUGCAGAAGUAUUGUGUCUAAAUAUGCUAAAGUUACUUUGGAAGCUUUUUAUUUUUGUUCACGCUGUUGUAUAUUAUUUUGAAUGACAGUUGUGUUUUUAAAUCUCAAAAAUAAUACAGUAAAAGACACACACACAAGAUGGGGAAUAAGAUCAGUCAUAUUAUUUCCUGGUAGGAAUAACUCGCUUGUUUCCUUCUGAGAAAUGACAACUAAGUCCUCCAUCUCUCUUCUUAUGAAUCCUACUCUUUAUGAGAGAUGUAGUGAAAAGUGCUUGUUUCCAGAAAUGAUUGAUAACUCUAGUUCUUUAUUUAUAACAGUUCUAAAACUUCUCCUAUGGAACAAUUUAACUGUUGACAUCAACCAUUUGUAACUCAACCAAAACAGCUCUUCGGCUUUUGUUUUUGUUUUUUCCUCACUUACCAUAAGUAUUUUUUUUAACUUCCUAGUCAUCUUUCACAUUCCUAAAAAAAAAAACAAAAAAAAAGUCCUGUCUGUUAAUCAAAAAUUUGUUGAAAAUCUAAAAAAAUAUUAAAUCUAGCUGACCUGCUACUUGGCUUGUUUGUAUUUAUUUCUAACAUUAAAGUACUUUACUCUCGUUUCUUCCACUCUCCACCUACUCUGCAACUACCAUCAUCUCAGUAAGCUACCAUUUAUCCUUUUAUUAUUAUUAUUAUUAUUAUUAUUAUUAUUAUUAUGAUUAUUAAUAUUAUUAUUAUUAUCAUCAUCAUCAUCAUUCAUCAUCACCAUUAUUAUUAUCGAUUUUUUUACUAUUGUAAAACCCUUUUUUUUUUUAAAUGCAUUCUGUAAAAACCUGUUUUAAUAAAGAAGAGAAGAAAAGAGUUUUUUUUUUUUUAUAGUUUCCAUUUUCCUGCCAGAUUUAGAAUGUUUUCUUGUUGCAGCAAUUAUUGCCAAUCAUCAGAAGAAACAAUGUAAUUAUAUUUUGAACUGAAUUGGUUUCCUUCAGUCUGAUACAUCUCCCUCUACAAUUCCUUCAGCUAUAAUUAUUUUGCAAUUUUAUGUAAUAUUUUUCUCUUAAGUUUAUCAACACAUAGCAUUAUGCAACAGUUAAAUGAUACAAAUAUGCAAUGGGAAGUUUUAUCUAAUUAUUUUAUAUGGUAAUAGAAUGUAAAUUUAUCUAAUUUUAGGAAUAACAAAGUACAACUUGGAAUUCAAUUGGUUUUCAUUCUGUAUAUGAAACUCAUUCUCUUUCACUUAUUCUUAGGUCUCUUGAACAAAACUGCCUCUGAAACAAAUUAAAUUAACUAAUGAUAUUUCUCUAAAGAACUAGAAUAACUUUUUAAGUUUUAUGGCCAAACUCAAAUUCACACAAGGUUUUAGCAUUUUUUUCUUACAUAUAUAUGUAUAUAUAUAUUUAUAUACUGUGUAUCUCUCUCUCUCUCUCAACAAUUGUUAAUCUUACAUUCAGUAUUAAUGGCAUUUAUCUCACUUAUCCUUUAUUUCAAUGUUCACAACUUUCAGCAAGGUCCCUCUAUUCCCGUUACUUAUGCUGCUGCUACAAAAUCCAAAUCUUUUAACACUCUGCUGCAACAGUUAAUGCCAUCACUUACUUGUAUCCAUGAUCAAUAAAGACACUCUUAACUCUCCUCAUCUCUUUCUCACUUCCAAACUCAGCUUUUCCCAAACUGUGACUGUCUUUGCACUAAUCAGAUUAUCCAACACACUACCUAAUCAAGAAACCACUGUACACAUCCUAAUACUGCACAACAUCCAACCUAUGACACUUCAAAUCAGCUGGAGUUCUGCCAAUUAUCUCUGACUACAAAUGUACUUCACCUUUCUUCCAUCUGAGAUAGCUAAGCAGAUGACCCCAGACUAUUCUCUUUGGCAGGUCUCCCCAUUUCCCUCACACAACUAAAGUCCCUGACUCCAGUGUAGUUCCCUUGCAGAGCAGGCCAAGCACAUAACUUACAAUACUUAGUAUGUGAAAAGCGAUACCUACUAACUGGGUGGCUUUUACAUGCCACUACAACUUUUGCAUGAUAUGUUAUGAAAAAUAGCAAAAGAUAUCUUUGUAUCACUCAACCUGCAAGUUCAUUCACCCCCAAAAUUUUCAGGACCCUUACUGACACACACUUUAUCAGUUCUGAUGUGCUCCAAGGCCAUCCACAUAUAACCUCAAAACCUGACAUCAAAUAUCUGCAAUCUUCAGCCGCUGAAACUCUCAAAAACAUCUUCUCUAAUUGGGGACAACAUGUAAUUUAAACCCUCAAAGUCUUGACAAAUUGUAAGUCCCCAGUAUCUGAUGGUCUUCCAUGGUAACUCAACAUACUUAGCAUAGCUAAAACUGCUCUGCCAAGACUGCUCUUACUUAUCAGAACCAGAAUAUUUGGUUCAGAAAUCACCCUGAAGUGGGCAAGUGUGUUCUACUAUAGUCCUGGGCCGACCAGAGCCAUGUGGGUGGAUUUCAUAGACGGAAACUGAAAGAAGUCCAACAUAUAGAUAUUUCUUUGUACGUGUGUGCAUGUCAUUAUGUUUGUGUUUUAGGCUGCACAACUGUUUGACAAUUGAUGUUUUGUUUAUGAAUCCAUAAUUUAGUGGUUCUAUGAAGUUCAAAUAAUGCCAAUAACAAAAUACUGCUUCCAAAUCUAGGCCAGUGCUACUAUUGCUAUGUAUACAUAUAUAUAUAUAUAUACACACACACACACAGCUUUUACUACAUCCAGCUGGUUGGCCAAAACUCACUAACACUCAACACUUCAACCCAGGUCUACUUGAUAUCCCUGUCUCUGUUCCCUGUAUCAUUUCUACUGUCUCACCUCACAGCUAUUAAACACCAACCACUUAGGCCCAAUCUUUCUUUAAAUAGUGUGUCAACACUAGAAUUGCUUCCUGCAGUCUAGCAUCAGUCUUAGUAAUUUCACAUCUGAAAGAUCCUGCUUAGGUCAGGUCAGGGCACUUGCUCUUCUGACCAAGCUAUAAAAAAGCCCAAUAUUAUUGUCAGACUUCUGUAACUGAGCUUCAAUACCCACUGUAAGCUUUAAAACAAAAAACUCUCUCAGUGACCCACCCUUCAGCCGUCCAUUAUAUAAAUAGAUAUACCUAUUGAUAUCAAGUUGAUAUCUAUACUGCGUGGGUCAUGUAAAAUAUACAUUAUGUAAACUAUAAGCUGGUAAAAUUCAUUCUUUUUUGGAGAAUGAAUUUUGCUGAUUUUAGGGCCCUAUAUUAGGGAUUCCUUUGAAUGUUUAUUACUUCUUAUUCUAAAUUACUGAGUUGCAUUUUAUUGGAAUGAAUUCAGACAUGGAGUUGACUUUUUCGUGAAGUCUAGUAUGAAAAGAAGCAAUUUUUUUAUACAAAUCUAAUUGAAAAAUGUGUUGCACUUAAUGUUUAUGAUAUUUUCCUGCUUUAAGUAAUAUUUUGUUAUCAAUCCUGUAUUGAUAAUCAUUAAUUUAACAUAUAUUUAGAUUAGAUUGGUCAGCAUCAUAAUUUCUUUACUCACUUUUAUCAACACCUAUUAUCUUGGUAUCACAUCAUCUGUAUAUUAACAAACAUCCACCGACAAACAUAUUAGUUACUGGAAAUAUCUGUAAUCAUCAUGGCUAAAAACUGUGCAAGUUGCAUUAUUAGUUAUGUUUCUGUGAUAGUUUUCUGCUUUGAAUUUUCAUCAGUAUAUUCCUAACAUUUAAAAAAAAAUUUAUACCUAGUUUUAUUUCUCAAAUAAACUUAAGUCUUGUUUCCUAUUUUUUCACCAGUCAUUGAAUUUUGGCAUUUUGUUUUAUUUUUAAUAAAUUUCAAAGGCUUAUAAUUGACUAUGAUUUGGUUUUUGUGAUAAAUUUAUAAAUUCUGACAACCUCUAUAUCAUGGAAUUCAUUUUUUUUUUUUUUUUCCUUUGCAAAUGAACAACUUUCUAAGACCAGCAGUAAACUUACCAGUCAUUAUUAAAAUCUCGUUUGUUUGAUUAUUUAACUAAAAAAAAAAAAAAAAAAAAAUUAAACUAUAGACUGUUUCGUCAUUAAUUCUAUCUAUUUCAACACACCAACUUUUGAUUUUUGCAUUAUAUGUGGUUAUUACAUCUCUGCUGGUAUUAUAAUACAUUAUCAUCAAUCAGUGAUGAUAAGGACCAGGUAGAUCUAUUGGCUUAUACAAAUAAAUUUCUUGAUCUUCCAUUAUAAACCCAUUCACAUCUAGGAUGUUUUAUAGGAAUUUAAUAAUCUGGAAGACCAAACUAGAUUUAAACAAAGCAGAAAAUAAGAUUCAUCCAAUAUGUUUAGGACAUCAAGGAAUAAGUGUCUUGAAAAUAUAUUUCCUUAAUCUCUGCAUCAUAAAAUACUGUGUCGAACAAGGGACUGCUGUUGAAUCACAAGGGACAUUAUCAAUGUCAAAGAUCUUGAAAAUAAACAGAAUGAAUAGUUUUAAAAUUUGAA